GCCUAGCCCCGGCACACUCUCGCAGCCGCCAUGAAGUCUGUGAACACCUCUCUUUUCUCAUGUGAUCGCUACAAACCCCUCCCCUCCCCGUGGAACUUACCUUUAUCUGUGAUGCGAUUCAAUACCUACUAUGCAUAUAUAGAUCCCCUACGUUCCGGGUGGAGUUGGAGCAUUUCAAAUCUCCGUAGAUUCACCUCUUCACCAUCCUUAAAUUCCCAGGCCCUUCCCAGAUCAAACUUGGUCGUCAUCCUGCACAGAUUUAGCCAUGCGAGUUUCUUCCGCCCAUGCCGCCGCUUUUACCCUCCUCAUCCUAUUGCUUCCACUGGUUGUUGUGGGAAGACAAAUUGCCCGGAGUCGUCGAGAUGGUUGGCACCAUGGAGCAACGGCUCCAGCCGUAGUUGGCCGGGGAGGCAAUGCACGAGCCGGGCUGUAUGUUGAGGUGAUGGAGAAGAAGGGGAAGGCGGAUACGGUGCAGGUAGCGGGAUCCAGCCUGCCUGACUGCUCGCAUGCGUGUGGAUCAUGCUCGCCGUGCCGCCUGGUGAUGGUGAGCUUCGUGUGCGCGUCCCUGCAAGAGGCGGAGACCUGCCCCAUGGCCUACAAGUGCAUGUGCAACCGGAAGUCCUACCCAGUUCCCUGAUCUAAUUUCUUGUCAUCGAUCAGCCUAACGGUGAUGAUGCUGCCUCCGGAUACGACGUCGACGUAAAGUACGUCGUUAUGUAGGUACUCAUAUGACGCUGCAUCAUCUCCUUAGCGAUGCAUGCCACGGGACUUGUAACUCAUCAGAGGCCAUGCAAAUAACAGCAUGUUCAAUCUUGAAUCUCUAACA